UUAACAUUUUCUUCCUCUGCUGUUUUUCCUGAUGGCAGCCACUACUUCAGUUAUAAUCCCUCCUCCUCUUCUUUCUUUACUACUGCUCUUACUGGUUAAUCAGUCUCAGCUCUCAAUAGCUUCUCGUUUGCCUCCUUGUACUACAUUCAGAAAUACCUGUAGUAAGGUAUUCCAGUUAGAUCUGUCUGCUAUUAAUUCAACUGAUGAAGCAGUCAGUUUCUCAAUUUCAUCAUCAUCACUGGCCCUUCUCAACAUAAGCUACAUUGUUAACACCAGUAGAGGAGAUUGCUUAACUAGAAGUGGAGAGUGUCAAAAUGUGUCUGAGCAAUACUACAGCAAUGGAGUCUCCUCUUCACAGGAGCAAGAGGUCACCAAUGUGUAUUAUAUAUCCUGCACUAUAAAGGAGACUGAGCCUCUUUACUCUGUUAUUUCUGUAAAGCUUGACUUUGGGAAUUGUUCUUAUACUUUUGGACUGCUGCAAGAUGGAGGAGAUGGUGGUAAUCUUUGUCCUGCUGAUUAUGACAAUGGUCUAUUAUGGCAGCAAUCAUGGCCAUCACUAUUACCUGUCUUCAAGUCAUGUAAUGAUAUAUCUGAACGGUUUUCCAGCAACAGUUAUGCAUACAGAAAUUGCACAUCAAAUGGUAUCUGGACCAGCACUGAUAUCAGUCACUGUAGGCUCAAGCCUUCAUAUGCUCAAAAUGCUUUCUUUAACAUCUGGUACAAAUUUAAUCCCAAGGAGCCUUUUAAUAAAGAAAACUAUUUGAUAAGUAAUAUGACUAUUCACCUUAGAUCAGUUGAUUACUCUAAUAUUUCUCUACAAUACGUGACACGUAAUGGUCUUCUCCUAAGAGCUGGUUUUACAGUAAUACUUGAAUCCAAUCUCAGCUCACCAGGAGAGAGGGCUGAUAUCACAAUGUUAGUGCAAAACCUAAAAGAACUCAAAAUUUUAUCAAUAUAUGAAACUAAUACAACUCAAGCACAAAUAUUUCGACCAAACACUUCAUGUUUAUGUGACAUGGAGUAUCGCAACUCUCUUACUCUUCCUGUCUGUGUUGGAGACUUUGGUUCACCAUGUAACUGCAGUAAUGGCAAUUGUAAAUGUUCUUCCCCUCGUUAUGUUGGUGAUGGAUAUUAUUGUACUGUUGAUUCAGAUCGUGAUGGUUUUCCAGAUGUGCCCCUAGAUUCAUGCAUUGAAAAUACCAGCAAGUACUGCCGAAAAGAUAACUGUCCUUAUAUUCAUAAUCCUUCACAAACUAACUAUUCAUGCUUUGGUUGUGCAGCUGAGAGAGACAGAAUAUGGAACCUGACAUGGCCGGACACUCAAUUUGGAAAGACUGCUCUACAAAAGUGCCCUAAUUCCACCACAGGCGGUAUUUUUUUUGCUUCAAGAAAAUGUAAUGCUUCUCUUGGUUGGUUGUGGCCUCGCACUUCAAACUGUAGUCUAAGCAACUGGUUCUACUUUAAGUUAUUCAAUGAUACUAACUACGCUGUUAAUCAUAACCUUACUGAUGAAGAGAGGGUUGCUGAGCUCAAUUAUCUUUAUGGAGAAUUGAUAGACAGUUAUUCUGCACCUCCUUCAGGCUCCAAUGGUGGUCCAACUAUAGGUCAACCUGAUUUGAAGAAAUCCCCAUACAGUCUAUUGCACAUUAACAAGAUGGUCGAUUAUACACUCAAACUUUUACCUAGUGCAGAAUUUGAUGAAUACAAUUCAUACACUUUUAUCCCUGAUAUGGUUGAUGUUUUUGAUGACCUGUUAAAUGAGGAUUAUGCUGAAGAAUGGAAGGAAGUGGAAGAGACUGAAGGCCAUCAUUUUGGUAGCACGCUACUCCUGGAAAAUGUUGAGAAUUAUUUUCUCUACUACACUGGUUUUGAAAAAUCAGUUAGAAUUAAGAGAAAAAACUUUAACAUCAUGUCUGAUGUGUAUAACCUUUCAUCACAAGUUGCUGAAGGUGACUACGUCAUCAACAGUAACUUGAGUGACUCUUACAUUACUCUGCAUAUACCGGAAGGACUCUUGAGAGAGAAAACAGCUAAUGGUAUUGAACCAGUCUCCAUUAUAAGUAUCCAGUUUCGUAGUUUAGAUGACUUUCUUUCGUCAGACGGCAACAAUACAAACGAUACAAAGAUAUCAUCUAAUGUCUGGUCUGGUCAGAUUGGAAGAGAAGGCACUGUCUUCAGUGAGCCAAUACUCAUCAGUUUUACUGCAGAGAAAAUCGAUAAUGAGACUCACAACUACGUAUGCUCCUACUGGAACACCACAUCUGGUCAGUGGAUGACUGAUGGUGUCUAUACAGUUGGUUAUUAUGAGUGGACUGAUAACAGAAGUUAUGUGGUCUGCUCUUCUUAUCAUCUCACAGCAUUUGCUGUCCUUGUUUCUGUCAAUGGUAACAAUGGAGGAGGAUCCAAUGAGGAAGGAGGAACUACUGAUGAUAGUGGUGACGAUGAUGAUGAACAUGGUAGUUCCCUCACCAGUCUAAAUCACAAGGCUAUGAGUAUUGCUACAUAUGCUGGUACUGCUGCUUCUGUUCUCUGCCUUGCACUAUCAUUCCUCUUCUUUAUAGCACAAUAUAAAGAUCUACUGGAAAAACCUCAUUUAUUCAUACACUUGAACUUAAUAAUAGCACUGAUGCUUGCAUACUCCAUAUUUGGAUUAGGGAUUGAGCUAGCUAAGGGAAAUGAGGUUUUGUGUUCAGUUGUUGCUGGACUCCUUCACUAUUUCUUCUUAGCUUCUUUCUGUUGGAUGCUGUGUGAAGGGAUCAUGCUGUAUCUCUUGUUGGUGGUAGUGUUCAGUAGACUAGCUAAGAGAUGGUACUUCUUCUUUGCUAUUGGAUGGGUUACUCCUCUUAUUCCUGUUUCUAUCACUAUGCCUGUUCACUAUGAUAAGUAUACUGUUAAAGAUUCCUUUGGAAAUAUCACACUUUGCUGGCUAUCAGAUGAAAGUGGGACUAUCUGGGCCUUUGUAGCUCCUAUGCUGCUUAUAAUAGCAAUCAACGUUGUAUUUUUUGUUCUGAUUGUACGGAGUUUGUGCAAAUCAAAGAGAAUGGAAAAGUCAAAGAAAAUGAAAGCAACAAACCUAAGACAACAAACAGUGUCUUUAUUGAAGAACUGUAUCAUCCUACUGCCACUGAUGGGCUUCACUUGGCUCUUUGGUCUCCUUGCCUUUGACACUGACACUUACAGUUUGAUAUUUGCAUGGCUCUUUAACAUAUUGAACAGUACACAGGGUGUAGCUAUAUUCUUCCUGUAUGUGGUCCGUAAUGAUAAAGUAUGGUCCAAGUUGACAUUCUGCUUUAGAAAAUACAUAUCUAAGGAGGUGUCAAGUCCCAGCAAUACUAUGAUGAAGCCAUCCCUCAAAUCCACAAGGACUCUUAUCAGCAAUGUCAGUCUGUCACAGGCUAACACAUUUGGUGAAAAUUCCAGCCAAGAUGGGAAUUCUUCCACCUCAGAUCCACCUGCUGAUAAUGCAUUGUUCACUCUCUCUGAGACAGACCUAACAGCAACCCACAAAAUAGAAGAUACAAAGGAUAACGUCUCCACUGCUUCAAUAAAGAUUGAUUUUGACUGAAAUAUACAUAUAUAAUAUAUAUGACCAUUCAUUUUUAUUGUGCUCUAGUUUUGUGUUGUGGAAGACUCACUUGUUCAUGUUGAUGGUGUUUUAGAUGAACUUCAUUAUUUUUUUAAUAAAAGAAA